UCCCCAUAUCUUCUCUUUUCACCUUUUCUCUCUCGAUCCUCGUAUGCUUUUCUAUUCAGAAAAUUUUCCCCAGAUUGAUGUUCAUAUAUUCUACUGAAUUGCAUUAAUCUAUAAUUGAGAAAAAUACAUUACUUAGAUACAAUAUUGUCUUAUUGUAAGCUUUUAAUUUUUCCUUUUCAUUCCCUUAUUGUUUCUUGGACGAAAAAUAUCUUUAUAAAAUUGCAUUGUGCUCCGAAAUUCUCUUGUAAAAAUUGUGGUUUCAGUUAACUUUUUGGAUGACCGGUUGAAAAUUAUGUCGGCAGUCGGUGUCACUCAUGUCACAUAUCUAAACACGUCAUAAGUAGCUGUGGCUCAUGUCACAUAUUAAAGUAAAAAUAUAGACAAACCAGCUGCAUUGUUCAGUUUUCCUUAUGAUUACGGUUUCUUUUGUUUCAAAGAUGAUAUUCUUACAAUAUAUCACUUUUGUAUAGAAUCUACGUAUGUUGCUACACUUACUAAAGAGAUUAUACAAAUAUUAUAUAAAAAAAUUGUAAUAAAUGUAUCAUUAGUUUGUUUGUUUUUUUGGUCAGUCAACCACGUUGUCGUAUAUGAUUGUUCCGCAACUUGCAUUGGAAGGCAACAAUAGUCUUCCACAUGGAGGACCCCCCUCAAAAUUAAAUGCGCAAGACUCAAGAUUCCAGAAAUCGUACGGUAAACAAGAGUCAUAUUUUCUCCGUGGAAAAAGCACCUAUGUGGCUAAUCUGCAAAUUAAUGGCUGCUUCGAGUUUAAGACAAGGUUAAAUAGCAAUGGAGGAUGUUGGCUGGAGUUCAAGACAAGAUGAUCAAAUAACUGGCGAGGGUGCUCAUGAGAACGCUGCAGGAGACACCGAGGCAGGCGACACGCGCAUGGAUCCUAAAUUAUACAGGUAUGCAACGAUGCCUAAAUCAGGAUGUCAAGAGUUUAUAUGGGCUAUGCGCGCAAAGUAUUUUGCCGGAGCCACAUGUGCAAUACCUAUAUGUAAUAUUCCUGAUCAAAUAGCAUCGCUGGUCCUAAGUAGUGAAAACAAAGUAAGCACCCGUGGGAACACGGUGCUUCACCUUGCUGCAAAUACAGGCCACGUGCAGCUUAUCCAACUAAUUACCCUAAAUUUCCCGGGGCUUGUCCGCAAACAAAAUGAUGAUGGAGAACUUCCACUUCAUGUAGCUGCAUCCGCUGGCCAUAUAUCCGCAGUUCGUUGUUUGGUUGACACGGCUCAAGGUAAUACGUUUAAUGAAAAGGACGGGAGAGGGAACACUGCGUUGCAUGUCGCUGUGGAAAAUAAUCACCAAGAUGUGGCUAUGUUUUUGGUCGGCAAAGAUGGAUCCACGUCGCAUUCUACAAAUAACUCCAGUAAGACUCCCUUGUGCAUGGCCGCUGAAACUGCCAAUCUUGAACUCGUUAAAGCAAUGGUAGCCAACACGCCAAAUAGCACAGUAGAAGCUAAUUCUGGUAAUUUUUGGCAAGGAUCGAACGGCAACUCAAUUCUUCGUAGUGCAAUCAUAUGGAGGAAACAGGCAAAAGGUGGACUCAAGAAAAAUAAUGUAGUGUUCGUGUUGGUCAUGCUCAUGUUAUACGAUCCCAUCAGUGCAUUCUCUUUGCUGGCGGGGGUUGUAUGCUGGAUGUUUUUUAAGCGUAUAGUUUCUCAAUGGUGGCUGCCCAGAACCAACAGAAAGAAGUAUACAAAUCUCCUAGAGACGAUAUUGAGCAAAAUGGAUUCAGCUGAUCUAAUCAAUUCAACGGACCAAGAGUGGAUGACUCCUCUUACACUUGCGGCCUAUAUAGGUAACUUUGUGGCGGUACGGGUAUUGUUACACAAAUUUACUGGAUUGGCAUACAAAGGUGAUGAAAAUCAGUUCCUUCCCAUACAUGUGGCGUCCAAAAAAGGCCAUUGCAGGGUUGUUGAAGAGUUUCUCAAUCUUUGCCCGGACUUGAGGGAGUCAUGUGACCGUGAAGGCCGGAAUAUUCUUCAUGUUGCGGCCGCGCAUGGAAGAGUUAAUGUUGUCCGAUAUAUUAUUGGAAAGCGCAAUCUUCAAGUGCUUAGCAAGCAAAGAGAUCAAAGUGGAAAUACCCCUCUGCAUAUAGCCGUCCAAAACUGGCAUCCUAAGAUUGUCAAAAUUCUUUCCCUCUUCCAUGCGUAUGAGAGAGUCAAUUUAAAUAGUUUGAAUAAUGCAGGUAUGACGGCAUUGGACCUUGCAGAGAAGACGGAGGUAGAUAAAGAGAUGUUGUUUCGGAGAAAACUGACACUUAUGGCCUUGAACUUGGCUAAUGCUCCACGAUCUGAAGAGAGAACAGCCGACAAAGCAAAGCUAGUGAUAGAGGAUUCUGUUAUGAAGUCCUUGCACAAUUCCGAUAACCUAAUGUUUUCGAAAGAAAGUGUCAAUACUCUCCUAUUAGUAUCAACGCUGGUGGUUGGUAUAACGUUUGUUCAAGGCUUCACAAUACCAGGUGGAUACAGUAGCUCUGGAAAUGAUGUGGGCACCCCAAUUUUUCUUACGCAUAGCCUAUUCAAAAUUUUCUUGAUAUGCAAUACCGUGGCGAUGUGCGGCUCCAUUACUACUUCAAUUGCCCUUAUGUGGGCACAAACGCAUGACCCUAAUAUAAUCUAUGCUUGCAUGAGAUUUACCUUACCGGUGCUAGGCGUAACACUUACCAUGAUGUCCUCGUCAUUCCUGGCUGGUGUUGCAUUGACAGUGUAUCACGUUUUAUGGCUUCGCAUCUUUGUUUAUGCCAUGGGAUUUUUCUUCACGGUCUUCAUAAUAGGGCUCCUUGCUCCUCUCAUGGAUGUUCCAGUUGCCUACGUACCUGCAUCAUUACGCGGCUUCUUAUUCCUUAGCUUUAAUCUAUUGAUGUUUAUAAGCGGAUAUAAUUUCGACGAUGAUUGGUCUAAUAGAUGGAGUUUGUAGAAUUUCAAUCAAAAUUUGUGGUAAGUGUUGAAGAUGGCACCAGUCGUUUAUCCUGUAUUACUGCCAAUCUUUCUUUUCUUGUAAUAGCUGCAUUUCUCUAUAUAACACCUCUACUUCCAACUUCCA